UGAUUGUAGGGUGUGAAAUAUUUGCACGCGAUGCAACCGAAGCCUUUGAUACACAGGGACCUGAAGCCUCCGAAUUUGCUGCUGAUAAACGGCGGAGUUAAUUUGAAGAUAUGCGAUUUCGGUACUGCUGCUGAUAAAAACAUUUACAUGACUAACAACAAAGGAUCUGCGGCAUGGAUGGCACCCGAAGCGUUUAAUUCGUCGAUUUAUACGGAAAAAUGCGACGUCUUCAGCUGGGGAUCAUCCUGUGGGAGGUGCUAUCGAGAAAGAAGCCUUUUUACAACAGAGGGAGCAGCGCUUUUAGCAUAAUGUGGUCAGUGCACAUGGGUAAAAGGCCGCCUUUAUUGAAAAACUGUCCACAACCCAUCGAGAAUCUAAUGACGGCUUGUUGGGACAAAGAUCCCACCAAACGACCCACCACCGAAGAGAUUGUUCGCAAAAUGGAAUCGAUCUGUUCGCUUCUACCCGGCUCCGAUAAACCCAUCCAACGGUGCGACGAGACCGAUGGAAUCCAAGAGGAAGAAAUCGAUGGUGAUGAUGAUGAUGAAGAAGAUGAGGAAAUCGGAGACAUCUUCGUCAAUUCGAACACCAACGGUGACAACGUUGUGAAGACUCUACAGCAACCCACCAGGCAAUUUUUGAAUCCGUUGUCCAUCGAAUGCGAUCCCAAAGCUUGGGACUUGGAUCAAAGCUACGAUAUCCAUAAGAUGGCGGGUUUCGAUAAAGCGGUGCCCAGAAACGGCGUUGCUGACACUUUGCAGAGUACCGAAGAGAGUCGAAACGUCGAUCAGGACAUUAGCAAUAUGAAAAUACUUUUGGACACUUUAGAUCCCCAUUUGAGACCGGUCACGCCCGAUUACAACGAUCCCAAUUCGGUGGCUUUGAUGGAGGAACACGUCGAAUUAGCCAAGGAAUACUGGAAGGUUCAAACGGAGCUGGUGUUGAUGACCCAGAAGAAAAACAAACUGUUACCUUUGAAGGAAGAGUGCGAGAAAAGCAAGAGGCACUUGAAGGAGUUAAAGGAGGAAGGGAAAUCGUUGGAGUUAAAAGAGCAAAGGCAAAUGUCGGCGGGACAUCAUCAGAGGAAUUCAUCGAGGAAUCCGAGAGUAUUCUUUCAUUAG